UAAAGACCAAAGAGGUUUACUCCCGUUGGAUGCCACUUUCAUCCUUCCAUAUAAAGCAUAAGAUUUGCACAUCUCAGGCGCUUCAGGUGAAUUCGAGCGACCGACGAUUCUUCCUCUUCUCUCUUCUGAUCUAGUGCCCUACUCCUCCAUUAACGAUCGAAACAAAUUAAUAGUAGGAAAAAACAAUCUGUUUUACCCCUGUUGAUUCUGAUGGUAUCCAGCAAUCUAUAAACUCUUUUGUACUGCAGAUCUAGUCGGAUAUAUAAGAGGAUCGAGAAAAACCCUAGCUAGGCUUAUCGGAGGAAAAAGAGAUCGAUGAAGAGAGGUAAGCUAGUGAUCCGGAGGAUUGAUAAUUCCACGAGCAGGCAAGUGACUUUUUCAAAGCGUAGAAAUGGAUUGCUUAAGAAGGCCAAGGAGCUCUCGAUCCUUUGCGAUGCAGAAGUUGGGGUGAUUAUUUUCUCCAGCACCAACAGGCUAUACGAUUAUGCCAGCACAAGCAUGAGAUCUGUUGUUGGGCGUUACAACAAAGCAAAAGAGGAAGAAUACCAGCAGAACAAUCCUGCUUCGGAAGUCAAGUUUUGGCAAAUGGAGGCAGCAGUCUUGAGGCAACAAUUGCAGUACUUGCAAGAGUGUCACAGGAAAUUGAUGGGCGAAGAACUUUCUAGUCUGAAUGCCAAAGAUCUACAAAACCUGGAAAAUCAGUUGGAAAUGAGCUUGAAGGGUGUCCGACAAAAGAAGGAACAAAUAUUUACUGAUCAAAUAAAAGAACUAAACCAGAAGGUAAAUCUCAUUCAUCAAGAAAAACUAGAACUCAACAAGAAGCUAGACCUCAUCCAUAAAGAAAAUGAAGAAUUGAAAAGGGUUCAUAGGGAAAGGGAUGUGAAUGAGGCAAGCAGAAGUUUGCUUGUUCCAUACACCAUCAGCACCGGAUACGAUCUGAACACACCCAUCCAGCUUCAGCUAAGCUGGCCGCAGCCUCAGAAUAAUGAAGUAGGAGAAAAAACAAUGAAACCGGGGUUACAACUAGAUUAGCAAAUCCAUUUUGGCAACCGUGGAUGGUCAUCUGUCAUUAUCCCAUCAACAAUUUGCCCAUUGUGGAAAGUCAAGCUUCCAAAAGUGAGAUUCCAUAAUUCAUCUAUUAGACCCAAUACAAUAAGCAGGAGCAUAAAAUUUGGUGUGAAUGUUCUAUGAAGCUUGCCAUAACACUAAAAUCUAGACCAGAUACCUAUGUAAAUUUACACAAUAAUGGGA